GACAGACAGACAGACAGACAGACAGACAGACAGACAGACAGACAGACAGACAGACAGACAGACAGACAGACAGGCCUCACUAGUGGCAUGUCUCCUGCUGAGAGGUUGAGUGUGCUCCUCUUCCUAGCUGGGUUCUUCGGGGGCUUGGGGGCCCUGUCCCUGAUGCUCUCCUUUGGGACAGACUACUGGCUGCUGGCUUUGGAGACCUGUGGCCCUGGGGGGGCCUCAGAGGCCUGGGAGGCUGGGGCCUUCAGACCUGAGAAGGAGGAGAUGGAGGAUCAGGACACUGUGACAUUCUUCCACCAGGGCCUCUUCUGGAGGUGCUCCUUCAGGGGGAGGAGAGAGGAGGACACGGUGUGGCACUUCUGGAUCACCAAUCAACCACACCAAAAGACCUGUGUGCCCACCUACCUAUUCCCAUUUUCUGCUUCUGAGCCAACCACGGAUUACCAGGCACCAGACGCUGCAGUUUACAGGGCCUUCUGGAGCGUCUUCCUUCUAGUGGGUGUGGUCAAUGUUAUGAUUGGUGGGUUUGUCAUCAUCUGUGCCUCUCCAUUGGCCAGCCACAGGCUCUACAAAGUAGGCGGGGCACUCUUGCUCACUGGAGGCCUAUGUCUCCUAGUUGUAGUAAUUAUGUAUGUAGUCUGGACCCAAGUACUGGACUCUCUGGAGGGCUAUGCUGCCCAGCGACAACACUCCUCUCAAUGUCCAACAGUCUACCACCUCAGCGUCCACUACGGCCUCUCCUUCCUGUUUGCUCCCGUCUCCGUCUUCUUAUUCCUGCUGGCUGCACUGCUCUUCAUCCUGAUUGGACGAACAGUGCAGACGUGCCAUCACAAAGUGCCAGUGUAGUGACAGAGGGGGAAACAGCCAGAGAGGAAGUUGGGAAUUAAACCAUACGGUGACUCCUGUGCCAUAAAGGCCCAGACCUCUAUGUUCAGUCUAUAACAAGAGCCAGUAGUGACUGAUACUGUGGUCAACUCUCAUGGGACUCACAGAGUAAUACAUAUGUACUAUAUUAAAUACAUUUGGAAUAAUCAACUGUGAUUAACUUUGAAUAAAAAAGCAUCAGUCGCUCUCA